UUCGUCCUCUCUCCAGAUAUAAGCCGGCCUCUAGGCUCUAGCUAGCUGUAGAGCUCAUUGCAACCAUGGAUAAUGAUAAGCUUGCUGCCUUGGUUGUGGUAGCAUUGCUCGGUUGUAUGGCGCAUACAUGCCAAGCGAGCUAUGGGUAUCCCAACCCAAUGCCGCCCAUCCCAAGCCCGACACCACCUACGGCACCGGCGCUCACCCUGAACUACUACAGCUAUUCCUGCCCUAAUGCGGAGGCAAUUGUGAGGGAGGCCGUAAAGAACGCCACAGACAACAAUCGCGGCAUCGGUGCCGGUCUCAUCCGGCUCUUCUUCCACGACUGUUUCGUCAGGGGUUGCGAUGCCUCGGUUCUCCUAGACGCGACGACGGCCAACCCGGAGCCGGAGAAGCUUGGCAUUCCAAACUUCCCCAGCCUCCGCGGCUUCGAGGUGAUCGACGCCGCAAAGGCGAAGCUUGAGAAGGAGUGCGGUGGGGUUGUCUCGUGCGCUGACAUCGUCGCUUUCGCUGGACGCGACGCCAGCUUCUUCCUCAGCAACGGCGUGGUAGACAUCAAAAUGCCGGCUGGCCGGUACGACGGGCAUGUGUCUUUCGCCAACGAGACCCUCCGCGACCUGCCCCCUCCCUUCGCCAACGUCACGGUGCUGGAGGCAAUGUUCAAAGCCAAGGGGCUCGACCUCGACGACAUGGUCACCCUCUCAGGCGCGCACACCGUCGGAAUCUCUCACUGCUCGUCCUUCGCUGACCGCCUCCCAGCCGACCCCUCGGACCCCACGUCCAUGGAACCCGUGUUGGCUAGCUCGCUACAGCAGAAGUGCAGCCGCGGCGGUGACCCCGUGGUGGUGCAGGACGACGUUACCCCCCGUGACCUGGACAAACAGUACUAUCAGAACGUACUUGACCGUAAAGUGUUGUUCAAAUCGGACGCGGCGCUGCUGUCGCCGCAGACACUCAAGGCUGUGGAACACAACGCCAAGAACCCCGGGAAGUGGGAGCGAAAGUUCACGGACGCAAUGGUUAAGAUGGGCAACAUCGAGGUGAAGACCAAGGCCAACGGGGAGAUCAGAAAGCAGUGCCGGUUCGUCAAUUAGCGACCUGUUGAUGAGACAAAACCAUACUUCAUCUUGACUCCUGAAGCCGGAGACUGAUCGAAAUAAGCUCGUGCUUUUGUUCGUACUAUGUGUUAGCUUAAUUUCCGUUGCUGUUUAUUUGCUACCAAAAUUUGUAUUAUUGGUCCAAUUUUGCCUCAUAUCUGAUCUGUAUCGAAAAUAUUUGGUGUACUUUAUUAUGAGAUGUGACUGUCAAAGUAUAUUUAGUUUGCUGAAGAAA